GGUGUCAUGUGACCUAACCCGGAAGUGGCUGGUGGAUGAGGCUGGAGAUUUGUUUCUCUGGAGGGGGGUGACGUCACCGGCUGUCUGAGAGAGAACAGAGGAGAGAGAAGGCAGCAGCAGCUGUGCUGGAGAAAAGAGACGGCCUGCAGCCCUGAGAAGGUGAGAAAUGGACAGCUCCUGAGCCGAGACAGCCUGCAUGUGCUGGAGGGGGGAGGCAGCAGGGACUGCAGAGGCCUGGUCAUCAUACACAAAGAGCAGGUUCACCUACUGCACCUCAUAGAAGGGACUGCAACACUGGCAUACUGACUGAGAUGACAACACGUCUAAUGGGGGUGAUGAGGAGCGUCGUUCUAAUACUGAGCUUAAUUUUCCACAGCCAUUGUCUGCAAUGAGAGACAAGACGGCCACCGAGGAAUCCUGAACACUCAUCCGGUAUUUUCAUGUCAAGAAGAGCCCGCCACCGAUGAUUCCCCCGUUCACCGGGACCCUGGAUCGCAGCCUGCCGGAGGGAUCGCAGAGCCGGACCAGCUAGCCAUGAGACUCUGGGUCCUGGAGCAUAAAGGGUGAAGGGCUCUGCCAUCCUCAACAACGUUUACUGUUUACAACCCUCUUUUGUUGGAGGACGUCGCUGGAGGAGUGGCUUCUGUACCUGCAAGUUGUGUGAAGGAUCUCCUCCUGCGUGGAUUGACUCAAGAUGGCUGUAUUCAGACAACUGGGCCUCCUGCUAUGGAAGAAUUACAUAUUACAGAAACGCCAGGUGCUUGUUACCGUGAUUGAAUUGGCUCUUCCACUGCUCUUUUCUGCCAUUCUUAUCGCCUUAAGGCAUAGGGUAGAGUCUGAGAAUUUCCCCAAUUCUACACAUUACGACCCUAUGCAGUUUCCUGAUCUACCCAACAUCUCUCACACGGGAUUCUGGGAGCUGGCGUAUGUUCCAUCCCACAGUGAUGCUGUCAGGGGCAUUGUAAUGCAGGUGGAGAAGAAACUAGGCACUGACAUUCGGGCCCGUGGAUUUCCCACAGAAGAUGACUUUGAGGAGUUUAUCAGACACGACAACCAGUCGGGCAAUGUUCUGGCUGCUUUGGUCUUCGAUCAUCCUUUUAACAACAGCUAUGACCCCUUACCUCUGCAGGUCCGAUAUAAAUUACGAUUCAAAUACAGCCCUCGGAAUGCUCCUGUUGCUGAGCAAACAGGCCUAAACCCAAACGUGGAUAGAAACUGGCACACAAGAUAUCUUUACCCACUCUUCCAGAUGCCAGGGCCACGUGAGCGAAAAGAUAAAACUGGUGGUAACCCAGGAUACCAAAGAGAAGGCUUUCUGGCUGUUCAGCACCAUGUAGAUCGAGCGAUAAUGUAUUACCAUGCCAAUGAAACGGGGCGGGCUCUGCUCAGGAACAUUGAUGUUGCCAUACAACGGUUCCCUUUCCCUCCCUUCGACAAUGACCUCUUCAUCCUGGCCAUCCAGAACCAGCUUCCGUUGCUGCUUAUGCUCAGCUUCACAUACACUUCUCUGAGCAUUGUUCGGGCCCUUGUUCUGGAGAAGGAGCGCAAGCUGAAGGAAUACAUGCGUGUAAUGGGGCUCAAGUCCUGGCUUCAUUCCACUGCCUGGUUCAUCCACUUCUUUCUCCUGCUGUUAGUGUCUGUCUUCUUUGUUACUCUGCUCCUGUGUAUUCAGGUCAGCGGACAGGGGGCAGUACUUAAACGAAGUGACCCCACUCUAGUUUUUUGCUAUCUGAUGGUCUUUUCAAUCUCCACCAUCUCCUUCAGUUUCAUGAUAAGCAGCUUCUUCUCCAGAGCAAACAUAGCCGCUGCAGCUGGUGGCUUCCUGUAUUUCUUUUCCUACAUCCCCUAUUUCUUCAUCUCACCACGGUACGACAUGAUAACCCACAGCGAGAAGCUGGUUUCCUGUCUGAUCUCCAAUGUUGGCAUGGCCAUGGGAGCUCAACUCAUCGGCAUGUUUGAGGGCAAAGGUACUGGAGCCCAAUGGUCCAAUCUGAUGACACCGGUUAGUGUGGACGACAACUUCACUCUGUGUCAAGUCAUGGGAAUGCUGCUGCUUGAUUCUGUACUCUAUUCCAUUAUUGGGUGGUACGUGGAGACUGUUAUGCCGGGAGACUAUGGAGUUCCCCAGCCUUGGUACUUCUUUAUUCUGCCUUCCUAUUGGUGUGGGACUCCCAGAAACGCAGAGGUGAUUGAAAAGGAGGAUGAUGAAGAGCCAGAAAAGGAGCUAAGAGGGGAAUACCUGGAAGACGAACCAUCAGAUCUGAUCCCUGGAGUUCAUAUUAAACAUUUAACAAAGGCAUUUCGUGUGAAUGGUAAGAAGCGUGUGGCUGUGUGGGAUCUCACACUUAACAUGUAUGAGGGACAGAUAACUGUGUUACUGGGACACAAUGGAGCAGGAAAGAGUACUACAUUGUCCAUGCUCACAGGCCUUUUACCCCCAUCAUCUGGUGAAUGUUACAUUGGUGGCUAUGAGAUCUCAAAAGACACUUCUCUCAUCAGGCGUAAUCUGGGGCUUUGUCCGCAACAUGAUGUGCUGUUUCAGGGACUUACUGUGGAGGAACACCUUUAUUUCUAUGCAGCAUUAAAAGGAUGUCCACGCUGGCGUUGUCCGGAGGAAGUAGAUAAGAUCCUGCAAAUCCUAAGGAUUGAAGAGAAACGCUCAGCUUUGAGUACCCAGCUGUCUGGGGGUACAUGCCGCAAGCUCUCCAUAGGCAUCGCCUUAAUAGGAGGAUCCAAGGUUGUGAUGCUGGAUGAACCCACUUCAGGAAUGGACCCAGCGUCUCGCAGGGACACAUGGGAGCUUCUGCGUCAGCACAAACAUGACCGCACUAUCCUCCUUACGACACACUUCAUGGAUGAAGCAGAUCUGCUGGGAGACAGAAUCGGCAUCCUGGCCCAGGGGCAGCUGCAGUGCUGUGGAUCUUCUCUCUUCCUCAAAAGGAAAUACGGUGCUGGAUACCAUAUGGUGAUGGUGAAGGAGCCAAACUGUGAGGUGGAAGAUAUCACAGAACUUGUUACCAGUUAUGUGCCCAACGCCAUUCUUGAGAGCAAUGCUGGGGCAGAAUUGUCAUACAUCUUACCCAAGGAGAAUACCAACCAGUUUGAACAGCUUUUCUCUGAACUUGAGACCCGUAGAGGUGAAUUGGGUAUUGCUAGUUAUGGAGCUUCUAUUACCACCAUGGAAGAAGUGUUUAUGAGAGUGGGGAAACUAGUGGACUCCAGUCUGGAUAUACAGGCAAUCCAGCUUCCGGCCCUUCAGUACCAGCAUGAGCGUAGGACUAAUGACUGGGCAGCAGAAGAGUCUUGCUCUAUGAGUGACUGCACUGAAGACAGCGGAACCCUUAUUACUGAAGACUGCUCCAGCAUCAAACUUAACGACGGGAUGUACCUCUGGUGUCAGCAGUUUUAUGCUCUGUUCAUGAAGCGUGCUGCCUACAGCUGGAGGAACUGGAAGAUGGUGGUGGGGCAGUUCCUGGUACCAUUGGUAUUCACGACAUUGGCUCUGGUAGUAGCAAAGACAUUCCCUGGACCACAGGAUUCUCCAGCCCUGGAAAUGAGCUUGGCACCUUACGGGUACACAGCAGUGCCAUACUCUGUUCCUCCCAACGCUUCCCUCUUGCUACAGACCCUGGCAGAGACCUUUAAAGAACAGCUUGAUGAACGUUAUGUGGAGUCACAAGAAGUAAUAGGUGACCUUGAUGACUACCUCCUGGCUAAGGCUUCUGAAGAGGGAGCCCUGUUCGCAGAGCACUGUCUCUGUGCUGCAGAGAUCCAGAGUGUUAACUCGCAUGUCCGCAUCAUUGCACGUUUUAACAACCAGGCCUUUCACGCCGUAGCUGCUGCUCUUGCUCUGGUUGAUAAUGCCCUGUUCAGGCUAGUUGCUGGCCCCAACGCCUCACUUUCAGUGACCAACUACCCCCAGCCACGGAACACUACAGAAACUGCACGGGAUCAGUUGCUUGAGGCUCAGACUGGUUUUGCCAUUGCCAUCAACCUGCUCUAUGGAAUGGCCUCUUUGGCCAGCACAUUUUCUCUGCUUCUUGUUGGAGAAAGAGCUAUAAAGUCAAAACAUGUACAGUUUGUUAGUGGAGCUUCUUCCUUCAGCUAUUGGUUGUCCGCCCUGACCUGGGACCUUCUCAACUUCUUAAUCCCAUGUGCUCUGAUGCUGGUGGUAUUUCAGGCCUUCAAAGUCCGGGCGUACACAGAUGACCAUCACCUGGUGGAUGUCAUGAUAAUGUUACUGCUCUAUGGCUGGGCUGUCAUUCCCCUCAUGUACUUGUUUAGCUUCCUAUUCACCUCCACCGCAACCGCAUACACCCGACUUACCAUCUUCAACAUUCUGUCUGGCACAGCCAGCUUCUUAUCGGUCACUAUCAUGAGCAUUCAAGCUCUUGGCAUGGUGGACCUGUCUCAAACCCUGGACCUUGUAUUUUUGGUGCUUCCCAAUUAUUGUCUGGGGCGAGCAUUUAGUAACUUCUACCAAAACUAUCACUUCCUGCAAUUCUGCACUUCCUCUAUACCAACUGAAUUCAUCUGCAAAGUGCUGAACAUCAGCUAUCAAACAAAUUACUACUCUUUCUCUCAACCGGGAGUGGGUCGAUAUUUGACAUCACUGACCGUCCAGGGCCUUACCUUUCUAUGUCUCCUCUUCAUUAUCGAGAGCCGAAUCCUCUGCCAGCUUUGGCAGUUUAGACGUCGUUAUUGGUCAGCACUCCCAGAAUCUCCAGUCUCUCCCCCAGAGGACCGAGAUGUAGCAGACGAGAGGAAGAAGGUGUUGGAGUCUCCUGUAGAGCAAUCGCUCAGCAGCCCUUUAGUAAUCAAGGAGCUCAGUAAGGUGUAUGGUCGGCGUGACUUCAUCCUUGCCGUUGACCGCAUGUCUUUAGCCAUUAGCCGAGGAGAGUGCUUUGGUUUGCUUGGAUUUAAUGGAGCUGGUAAAACCACCACAUUCCGCAUGCUGACUGGGGACGAAACUGUCAGCUCAGGGGAUGCAUAUAUUGACGGAUACAGUAUCCUGCAUAGCAUGAAGAAGGCUCAACAGCGGAUUGGCUAUUGUCCCCAGUUUGACCCCCUGCUGGAGCACAUGACUGGUCGGGAGACUCUGUGCUUGUAUGCUCGUCUGCGUGGUGUCCCUGAGACCUACAUCACCAGCUGCGUGGAGAACAUGCUGCGUGGUUUGCUCCUGGAGGCUUACGCCAAUAAGCUGGUGCGAACAUAUAGUGGUGGAAACAAGAGGAAGCUCAGUGCUGGCAUUGCUCUGAUUGGAGGGCCACCUGUCAUUUUCAUGGAUGAGCCAUCCACUGGAAUGGACCCUGUAGCUCGGAGGUUGCUGUGGGAUGCUGUGACGAGGACACGGGAAAGUGGGAAAGCUGUGAUCAUCACUUCUCAUAGCAUGGAAGAGUGUGAGGCUCUUUGUACACGGCUCGCCAUUAUGGUAAAUGGGCAGCUAAAAUGCCUUGGUAGCCCCCAGCACCUAAAAAGCAAAUUUGGCAGUGGUUAUACAUUGCUUGCCAAGACUUCCAGAGGAAAAGAUGACCUGAAAUCCUUCAAAGAAUUUGUAGAGGCUGUCUUCCCAGGCAGCCUGCUGAAGCAUGAGCACCAAGGUAUGGUUCAUUACCACAUAACAAAUCAGAAGCUGAGUUGGGCUCAGGUAUUUGGGAUCCUUGAAAAGGCCAAGGAGAAGUUUGAUCUGGAAGAUUACUGUGUAAGCCAGAUCACACUGGAGCAAGUCUUCCUGGGCUUCAGCCAUUUCCAGCAGCCACCAGAAGUAGGCACGGUAUAGGAUGACUUUGUUGAAGCACAAAGCUGGAGGUGAUUCAGACAAGCGGAAGAGGCUGGCACAACGCUCCCCUUCUGAUGGCAGGCGCUGUAUUUGAUGCAAGCCGGCUGUCUAAUCCUAACGAUGACAUUAGUUCUGUCCUCAUUUCCUGUGUGUCCGUCCAGGAUCGUCAUCUAUCACCAGUGUGUCCGUCCAGGAUCGUCAUCUAUCACCAGUGUGUCCGUCCAGGAUCGUCAUCUAUCACCAGUGUGUCCGUCCAGGAUCGUUAUCUAUCACCAGUGUGUCCGUCCAGGAUCGUCAUCUAUCACCAGUGUGUCCGUCCAGGAUUGUCAUCUAUCACCAGUGUGUCCGUCCAGGAUCGUCAUCUAUCACCAGUGUGUCCAUCCAGGAUCGUCAUCUAUCACCAGUGUGUCCGUCCAGGAUUGUCAUCUUCACCAGUGUGUCCGUCCAGGAUCGUCAUCU